ACUCUGUACAAUUCCUGUACUGGGACUGCUUUCUCUCUCUCUCUCUCUCUCUCUCUCUCAAACUGCUCUGUGCCUUUCUCUCACACAGCAUUUUCCUUUCAAACUUGAACUACGCCCCUGCUUCACUGCUUAUCCUGCGCCAACGCCGGAGAUGAAACCGGUGUUCCAGUACAUGAUAAGAAUAUCUAGGUACAGGAGCUGGACACACUAGCUGGAAAAAGAUCCUUCGCCGGAGAUUGAAUUAGAGGACUUCACUUGGCAAUGGACAGUCAGAGAAGCCAGGCGAAGCUUACAAGGUCCAACUCUUCACUACUCCGGUCUUCCCCUACCAUCCGGUCAUCAAUCCACAGUUUAUCUUCCGUUAGCGAGAUCACACCUGAUCAAGAAACAGAAGACCUCGAGGAGCAAAAGCCCCACAGCAAACCUAGUACGCCACCUGUUCGAUCCGGUUCUGCGCGUUUCGCACCGGUUCUUUCCGUUCUCUUGCUCUCAGCUUACACCCUUUUCGCCUUUUGCAACUGGGAUGACAUGUCCACCUCGGAGAAUUUACUUUUAGCUUUAAUAUUUGUCGCGGUUUUGCUGUUUUUUGUCUCGAAGAACAAGGCUCUACUCAACGAAAAUUUCAACUUCUGCAAGCAAUUGUGUGAUGAGUAUGGGAAAAGAUUUGGGCUUUCUUGUUUUACUUCCAAGAAUCAUUCAAAAACGGUGCAAUGGUUCAUCGGCGAGUCAAAUUUAAACAUGGAAAGAAAGCAACAAAACAAUAAGGAGAGUAGUAUUAGGAAUGUUGUAAUAGAGGGGGUGGAGUUCUAUAGCAAUGGUGAUUUCUAUGAGGGAGAGUUUCACAAGGGAAAGUGUAACGGAAGUGGAGUGUAUAAUUACAUCGUAAAUGGGAGGUAUGAAGGGGAUUGGGUUGAUGGGAGGUACGAUGGUUAUGGGAUUGAAAGUUGGGCUAGGGGAAGUAGAUAUAGAGGGCAAUAUCGGCAGGGAUUGAGGCAUGGGUAUGGGGUUUAUCAGUUUUAUACAGGGGAUACAUAUGCUGGAGAGUGGUGCAGCGGACAAAGUCACGGGAUUGGAGUCCAGUCUUGUGCUGAUGGAAGCUGUUACAUUGGGGAGUUCAAGUGUGGGGUUAAACAUGGCCUUGGACGUUACCAUUUCAGGAAUCGAGAUAGAUAUGCUGGGGAGUAUUUUGGAGACAAAAUCCAUGGUUUUGGAGUCUAUCAUUUUGCCAAUGGACACUGUUAUGAAGGAUCAUGGCAUGAAGGGCGCAAGCAAGGUUAUGGCAUGUAUACUUUCCGCAACGGUGAGAUGAGAUGUGGUGAAUGGGAUGGUGGCAAUCUUUUGACUCCUCUUCCCCCUCUAACUGAUGCAGUCCUUCGAGCAGUUCAGGCUGCUAGGCAAACUGCUGAAAACGCAAGUCACCUUCGCCGGGUAGAUGAGAAAGUGAACAAGGCUGUGACUGCUGCAAACAGGGCUGCUACUGCUGCAAGAGUUGCUGCCGUCAGAGCCGUUCAGAAUAGGAUUCACGGAAAGUUCUGCGAUACUAACAUUUAAAUCGAGAAGCAAGCAGUUUGUACCGUAAAUUUACUCAAUUCUGUACAAAAGGUAUGGAACGGGCGCCCCGUUAAGCUAAAAGCUCACCGGUGGUUGAGAGUAUGUUGUACCUGGUUUGAUAAUACAGUAACUUGUACAUAGAUCCAUGUAUACAUUACAUCUAUGAAAAAUCAAGUUUCACCAAAGAUCCUCUUUUUGCUUCA